AGCAUCUAUUUCCUUUCUGCGGUUUCUUGAGAGUGCUGUUUGGAUUGGGAAAUCCACACGGGCUGUACAGAAUAUGAAAUUUGGUGUCUUCCUUUUGUGGUGCGGAUGGGUAUUGGUCGCUGAGAGCCGAAUGCCCUGGCCAGAAAGAGAAGCUCAGGAGAUGGGUAAGAAAGGCAGUAGACCUCAAAGACAGAGACGAGAAGCCCAUGAAGAUGCCCACAAGCAAGUCAGUCCAAUUCUGAAACGGAGCCCUGACAUCACCAAGUCACCUCUGACCAAGUCAGAGCAGCUGUUGAGGAUUGACGACCAUGACUUCAGCAUGAGGCCUGGCUUCGGAGGCCCAGCCAUUCCUGUUGGUGUGGAUGUACAAGUGGAGAGCUUGGACAGCAUCUCAGAGGUGGACAUGGACUUCACGAUGACCCUCUACCUGAGGCACUACUGGAAGGAUGAGCGGCUGUCUUUUCCGAGCACCAACAACCUCAGCAUGACAUUUGAUGGGAGGCUGGUGAAGAAGAUCUGGGUCCCUGACAUGUUUUUUGUGCAUUCCAAGCGCUCCUUCAUCCACGACACCACCACAGACAACGUCAUGCUGCGGGUCCAGCCCGACGGGAAAGUUCUGUACAGCCUCAGGGUAACUGUGACUGCAAUGUGCAACAUGGACUUCAGCCGCUUUCCCCUGGACACACAAACGUGCUCACUCGAGAUCGAAAGCUAUGCCUACACAGAAGACGACCUCAUGCUCUACUGGAAAAAAGGCAAUGACUCCUUAAAGACAGAUGAGCGGAUCUCACUCUCUCAGUUCCUCAUUCAAGAAUUUCACACCACCACCAAACUAGCAUUCUAUAGCAGCACAGGCUGGUACAACCGUCUGUACAUCAAUUUCACAUUGCGCCGCCACAUCUUCUUCUUCUUGCUCCAAACCUAUUUUCCUGCCACCCUGAUGGUCAUGCUGUCCUGGGUGUCCUUCUGGAUCGACCGCAGAGCUGUGCCAGCCAGAGUCCCCUUAGGCAUCACAACGGUGCUGACCAUGUCCACCAUCAUCACAGGAGUGAAUGCCUCCAUGCCCCGUGUGUCCUACAUCAAGGCCGUGGACAUCUACCUGUGGGUCAGCUUUGUGUUUGUGUUCCUCUCAGUGCUAGAAUAUGCAGCUGUCAACUACUUGACCACCGUGCAGGAGCGGAAGGAACGGAAGCUGCGGGAGAAGCUCCCCUGCACCUGUGGGCUACCACAGGCCCGUGCAGUGAUGCUGGACGGCAGCUACAGCGAUGGCGAGGUGAAUGACCUGGGAAGCUACAUGCCUGAGAAUGGAGAGAAGCCUGACCGGAUGAUGGUGCAGCUGACCCUGGCCUCAGAGAGAAGCUCCCCACAGAGGAAAAGCUCAAGAAACAGCUACGUGAGCAUGAGGAUCAACACCCAUGCCAUUGAUAAAUACUCCAGGAUCAUUUUUCCAGCGGCGUACAUUUUAUUCAAUUUAAUAUACUGGUCUGUUUUCUCAUAGAUGCCUGUAAUUCUGAAGUCUCCUAUUCUUCCUGGUAUGUACCAGAGAAAUUACCUGUAGGAAGAGGAAGAAAAAAUGGUUUUAAAAAAAUAACCCUAUACCCUCCUGUAUUUUUAUUAUCUCUUGUCUAGGUUUCCAAAGUGGCACUGACAAGACACUUUUUUGUGUAUUGAGCACCUAUUGUAUCUAUAGCAUUAUACUAGGUGCUUCAGGAAUAUGUUACUAUAGCAACCAAUGCUGUUAUUCAGAUGUCCCCAGGGAAGAGCAGAAUAACUGGGCUGUGGGUGCAUUUGUUGUCCAACCUCUUUUAGAUCUCAUAUGCUUAUUCACCUUAAUGAAUAAUGAGUGUCUUUAUAGUCUCUGAACCAGAUGAAACUGGGCAGUCCCUAACGCUCAUCUUCAUGAAAUCAGCAUGGCCCUACAUUUUCACCAAUAAUGUGCAUACGGUUUUAUUUGCAAGCUGCAAUUCAAAGGUUUCACCUCUCAUAAGAGAAGCUCUUUCAAUUGGUGAAAUCUCUUCUGACUUUGCCAGAUAUUUCUUUCUGGUAGUGAAACUUUGAAGACAGGAUACAUGUCUACAUUUUGUCAGUUUUGUUAUAGA